AUGACCCAUCGGACCCUUUCCCAGACCUCUGCUACUACUACUACAAUUCCACGACAUCAAUUCCAACCUCGACAACUGCAACAGCAGCAACGACAACCUUACUCCACCUCAACCUCGGCUUCAACGUCCUUAGCCUCCUCAACUGCCACGUCCUCGUCUUCAACAAGUCCGACAGCAACACGGAGGCUACUAUCGAACCAACAACAACAGCAACAGCACCUAGCGGUGAACGACAACACCGAGUUGGACUGGAAGUACCUUUCGGCCGCAGACACUUACACCUCUGAAUACUCGUCGAUAGCCUCAGAUGAGUUCGAGGAGGAUGGAACCGCCCAUAACUCAGCCCAAGUCUCGGAUUCUUCCGCGGGUUCACGAGUCGCUACUGUGCAACGCAGUCUCGGUGCACGACCCUUCUUGGUCCCCGCUUCUACAACUCCUUCGACUAUGGCUACUGCUGGUACCCUAUCAUCGUCGUUGACAACCAAGGAGGCCGACGACAGCACCGACACGAUAAAGGGAAUGAGGGCGCGUGCUCUUGACAGAGUCAAUGGUCGCAAGGCGUCAUCCUCAAACCUCUCAGGAUCGAGUGGCAACCUCCCUGGUAGUAAUGACUAUAAUCCUUACCGGAGAAGUGUUACAACUACCUCUAGUGUGGUCGGCUCGUCGGAUGCAAUUACAAGCAGCCGAAAUUCUUCAGGACAGGAGGCGACAACAGCAGCAGGAGCUGGAGGAACUGGCAGCAAGAUCAAACGGAGGUCUUUUGGCGCAUCUGACAGAUCUCAAUCUCUUCGAAUAACCACCGCCGGCAACACUAGCGACAAUUCUGCAACAAAAUCAGAUGCACAGCUAAACAACCCUUCAGCACCCUCAACUCUUGUUCGGAAACGCACCUCGGGCCCCAUCAAAUCUCAACAGCAGCAACAACAACAACAACAACAGCCACAACAACAUGCGUUGUUUACGUCGGAGGACGAUUCAGAGGUCCCCGGUCAGACCGUCUACCAGGACCGGACACGGUAUGCAUCAGAGGGAGGGAUGCUGGUGAGCGAGAUCAAGGCACUGAAGGCGCGGGUACAGGAACUGGAGUUGGAGCGCAUGAACCGGUCGCUCUCUGGUCUCUCUGUCCAGAGCCCACAAGUCAUGACGCCCAAGAGCAUGGAUCACUCGACAACAGCGACUAGUCUUUCAUUAGCCAAUGACUCUCGUCAGCUGCAACAACAGCAAUCAUUGACGAUGAGUCACUCAGAGAAGCUGCAACAUAUUAUUCAGAAGCAUCGAGGGUCGUCGACCUCUCUCGAUGUGGCGAAUCCGUUGAGGUCACCGGUGAUCACUGCCAUGUCGGGUGUUGAGAGUGCGAGAGAUGUAUCGGCUAUAAGGACGGCAGCAGCAGGAGGAGGAGGACGAUUGGAGCCGUCGCUGACCAUUACGAGUCCAGUUCGCUCACCUUUGCUCCCAUUUUCGACACCAAGGCAGCCUACAACUCAACAUGUCGACCUCCUGAACAUUGCCUUGAAGAACUAUGAAAAAUGGACCGGAGCAGUAUCAGGAGCGACCACGGACGCCAGCAGCAAUCCCUCAUUCCAGGCGAUCAGUCGGGUGGCGACGAACGCUAUCAGCAUGAACCAGACAAUCCGGGCGUGGGUCAAGGCGGAUGUGAGUCUUGUCGAGUCUUCUUCGAUGAACGCUCUCCAGCGGGCGAGCGAUGAGCAGAUCCGGAGUCUGACCGAGUUUUUGUUGGCUGCUUCACGGACAUCUCACCUAACAGCCGCGGAUCGGUCGGGUAACAAUAAUAACCCGACCUCUGAUACCGAGUCUGUGAAUGGAGGUGGAUCGGUCAUAAGCCGGCCGUAUUCUCCGAGGCAGUCGACCGUUUUGCACCACCGAUUUGGUCAGGGCCAGAGGCUGUCGUUGGGUAUGGUUGCAAGUGAGUUGGGAGCUGGAGGGUUUGAACAGAAUCCACCCUACCCUACUCGGCCACUGUCGACUACCGCGUUUGAGACAUACGAGAUGCUGAAUGCUAGAGGAGCAGCAGGACCUGGGCCUGUCAUGGUAGGCAAUGGGAUGACGUCAUCGGGAUACUUGACCAGGACGAGCUCGAUUGCUUCAAGCAACAUCUCGGAACCCCGUGCGCGGAGUACUGGACCCAAUGUUCGACAUAGCCAGGGAGGGUAUGCGUCAGAUUACAGUUACGACCGCCAGCCUACUUCGGGAUACCAGGGUCUUGAUCUCUCUCGGAAUCAGCUCCAUCAACAACAACAGCAGCAACAGCAACAGCAGCAGGGAGGAGGAGCGUUGUCGAGUCGAGAGAAUUCACCGCCUCAGGAUGAGCCUCGAGGUCCUGUUCCCAGACGCCAGGCGAGUGGGCUGUUGAUGAUGGAUCCUCAACCGACCAAUAUGACACCCACACGGAAUCUACAGUCGCCUCAGCACCCACCAUUGGCAGCAGGUGGAGAACGCGCAAGAUCUAACACGCCUUUGGACCAGCAGCAGUCAUUGACACGACGACAGGUCAGUGUUCGGAACAUUAUGGCGCGGUAUUCUCAAGGAGCCAAAUCACCCAACGUGAGUGGGUUCGAGCACCAGAGCGGUGACCUGCAGGAUUCUGUCAUUGACCAAUCACAGGAGAAUGGUACUGGACGACCGUUGUCAAUGACACACCAAUAUGAUGAUGGCCCACGAUCACCGGUAUUUCAUCCAAGACAGGUCGUCGGGCAGGAUCAGCAGCAGCAGCAGCAGCAGUACCGGUACCGACAGCAGUUGCAGAGACAGGAUGCUGGGAUGUCGGCUUCGGAUGGUGCUUUUGGGCCUGGCCAUGCUCAAGGGCAGGUGCAGGCACAGGCACAAGCGCAGGCGAGGAUGGGUGGGUCAAUCCGGAGACCGCUGUCACAGCAGGACCAUCGCCGUAAUAUGGCCGAGUCUCGGUUGAAUGAAUCCGCGGAGGGUCGACAUGGCAGUUUGGGAGUACGAGGUGGACAGCGGUAUCUGCAGGAGAGGGCUGGCGCGUUUUCGGAGGACGAGAAUGCGAACGCCAGCGAUUGGGGUAGUGACUCGCAGCGUAGCAGUCGUGGAGUUGUGGUAGUUAAUCCGCAGAGGGCGUCCAUGGACUCUUAUUCGGCACGGUUGAAGCAGUUCCGAGGUCGACAUGAGCAGCAGUUACCGUUUCAUCAAGAAGGUUUGAGUUUUGAGGAGCCUUAUCCGGAUAAUGGUCAACAGCAGCAGAGUGGGGUGGCGUUUUCGGAAGGUGUAGUAGAUGUGGAAGCUGGAGACGCGUUGUCAACAGGACCCGUGCCCCGGUUCGCGCAACGUCAGCACCGGUACCAGUCCCAGACGCAGUCGCAGUACCUUGACAAGCCUUCCCAGCAUCGACAACAGCAGCACCAGCAUCAGCACCACCAGGAUAUGAUGAUGUCGACUCCUUCGUUACCUUCGCCCAACUCAUCCCCAUCGUCGUCUGCAAGAUUGGACGCCCCUUCGUUGAUGAUGUCCAUGUCGAAUUAUGGUCAAGGAGGUGGACUUGUUGGCGCUGCGGGAGCGAGUUCUUCAUCCUUGUCAUCUCUUGGUGGCAAUGGGGUUGAUGGACGGUAUCAUUUGUCGCCAAGAGGACCCGUUGGUGCGGCUACCUCCCCGAGGCAAAGUGUUACCGGGUUAAACGGCGAUGACCAUCAUCAGCAUGGCGGUCUUGGAGGACCUUACCAGGGAGCUGCAGGUCGAAGGAUGCAGAUGGCUGCUCUUCAGACUGCUCUGUAA